CGAAGAUCACAAGCAACCUUCCACCCCAUCCGCGUCCUGUCGAGUCCCGCGCCGAAUCUCCCGUACACCACUACAUUUACGCCGUCGACAUAACAAUCGACAAGUGCAACGCGGGCAUUGGUGCCGCCCUUUCUUUUUAAACCCGAGUACAGAGCCUUGCGAGGCCGCGCAACACCGCGACGAUGGAUGGCACUGAAGGGCAGAAUAAGGAGGUGGUCCGUCUAUGGCGAGCAUGGAGGACGGUUCACGAGUUGGUACACGACAGGGGAUACGAACUGGCCGAAUCCGAAAUCAACAUUCCUCUAGAGCGCUUCAAGCAAGAAUUCACCUCCGCGGAUGGCAGCCUUGACCGCCACAAGCUCCAAUUCUCAGCCCGCCCCUCAGACGAAACCCUUAAAAAGCACACCCCCGCCCCGACGCCGCAAAACCCCGAUCCGGUCCCCGACAUCGGCCCCAUCUGGGUCGAGUUCAUCGCGGACCAGUCCCUCGGCGUAGCCCGCAUCCGCGAGUUCCUGACCCACGUGGUCGGCAACCACUACAAGGCCGGCAUCAUGGUGACGCACGCCGCGCUGACCGCCUCGGCCCGCAAGAGCCUCAUGACCGUCGAGAACUUCGCCCGCAUCGAGUGCUUCCUCGAGGAGGACCUCCUCGUCAACAUCACCCACCACGAGCUCGUCCCCAGACACAUCGUCCUCUCCCGCGACGAGAAGGCCGCCCUCCUCCGCCGCUACCGCCUCAAGGAGACCCAGCUGCCCCGUAUCCUGCAGAAGGAUCCCGUCGCGCGCUAUCUCGGCCUCAAGCGCGGCCAGGUCGUCAAGAUUGUUCGCACCUCCGAGACGGCGGGUCGGUAUGCCAGUUAUCGGCUCUGCGUGUAAAUGGGGAUGGGGGGGUUUUUGGACAGGUUGGCACGGAGUCUUGAGGAGGGGGAAAACCGGCUAUGUUCCUUGUUAUGGGCAGCUGGAAUCCCCCUUCUCAAAGGACCCAAAAGGCAGUGCGUGCGGAAGGGACAGAGAUGGUGGCGUUUUGCAUGGCCUUAACUCUUUUAUUUUUCGCGUUUGGCGUUCAGGAGAAGGUGAAAAAGUUCCAUGUAUUUUUUGGUUCUUGGUAUGUGACAAAGAGCUGUAUACCAUUUUUUUAAUCUCCCGUCAAGACGUUGCUCUAUACCAAGCUGGUCAUAGCCCUGCCGGGUCAUCCCUCUGCCAAUGCGUCGCUCGCUGUAUUUAAGAGUCCCUGGUCCCUGAACAGUGUGCUCACAGGACUUACCAGAGAACCUUAUUAGGAGAACAUGCCGGAGGUACUUAUCAUUCCUGGAGUUUG